GAGUGUUAGAGGGAGAGAGUGAGGGGAAGGAGAUGAGCGAGAGAAAGGGACCCACACAAAAUCUCUUUGAGACUUAGAGGGAUCUCCAACUUUUUAACCAUCUUCCUCCUUAAUAAAGAAGAGGAGGAAGAGAAGUUAUUGUGGAGUUGAUGAACUUUGCACAUCCAGAAACGCCAUUUUGAUUCCUUUUCCGGAACAACUUUUCAACUUUUUUUUCCUUUCAAACCAUCAGCCACAAUCAAAUCAUGUCGCGGCGCAAACAGGACAACCCCAAUGGAGUCAAACUUUUUGUAUUUAGAUCUACUAACAUCUGCUGUAAACGUAGACCCUGAGGAAAACUGCCAGAGAGACAGAAGGAAGAAUAUGCCAGAGACUUCCACACAAAUUUAAACAGCUGCAUGGUGAACUGCUGUUCAUGGUACAGUGAACUAGGAAAUCAGCUCUGUGAAAAGCCCCUGGUGGAAGAGGGGAAAGGGACUUUGAUUGUCAGCAUCUGAUCAUCGGAGAAGUUUCCUGUAAGGGCAGCGUGGCUAGGCAACUGUUUAUUGAUGCUCCAGAAAUUCUGGCAUUAAAGUGUGACACAGCUCCUGUCUGUCAGCUCUGUUUCAACUGGGCCCAGCCAGUGCCAGCCCCUCAGCUGGGCUUGAGAAGACAACAGGGAAGAGGAACUGCAACUGCAGUUUUGUGACAUCAAAUUCAUUUAGCAGCUUGUGAGGUUUGGAUCUGUCUUCCAUUAACAUUUUAUUGUCAGCAGUAAUGAGUAUGGGGAAGGUUGCUCAGAAUGGUGGAAGUUCACAGAACGUCAAAUCCCCAGCAAAAUCUUCGGGGCAGAAUCGAAUUGGCAGGAGAAAUCAGGAAGCUAAAGAAGAAAAGUAUUCUAAUACCUGUCCCCUGUGUGAAAAGAUUUGCACUACGCAGCAUCAGUUAACUAUGCACAUUCGACAGCACAACACCCAUACUGGAGGAGCAGAGCAUUCCUGUAGCAUCUGUAGGAAGACUCUGAGUUCGGCAAGCUCUCUGGACCGCCACAUGCUAGUGCAUUCUGGGGAAAGGCCAUAUAAAUGUUCUGUCUGUGGACAAUCCUUCACCACCAAUGGAAACAUGCACAGACAUAUGAAGAUUCAUGAGAAGAAUCCUAACAGUACUGCAAAUACAGUUACCUCGUCUCCUUUGAAACGCAGGCGGCUCACCUCCAAAAGGAAAUUGAGUCAAGAGGCUGAAGCUGAGAAAGAACUGACACCUGCAAAAAAGGUGGUAGGCAAUUCUCCGUCAGGUGAAACUGAAAAGAGAACCGAUGAAGUUUUCCACUGCCCAGUGUGCUUUAAGGAAUUCGUAUGCAAGUAUGGACUGGAGACUCAUAUGGAAUCCCAUCCAGAUAACUCUUUAAGAUGUGACAUUUGCUGUAUUAGCUUCCGUACCCACCGGGGACUGCUGCGUCACAAUGCAGUUAUCCACAGACAAUUUCCACGAGACCCAAAAGGAAAGCCUUUCAUCCAGAACAACCCUUCGAUUCCUGCUGGUUUCCAUGAUUUAGGAUUCAUUGACUUCUCCUGUAGGAAGUUUCCUCACAUUUCUCAGGUCUGGUGUGAGACGAAUCUGCGAAGAUGCAUCAGUGAAUGUCACCAUUUUAUCUGUCAAACUUGUAACAAGGCAUUCCCUAUGCUCUCUGCUCUGACACUGCACACAUAUACUCACGUUGGAGAUCAGGGAAAUGACAAGUAUGAACUCCAGCCCAACCACACAGUUGGCGAGAGCCCAGACCAGAAUGUCUUCAUGGCAUCUUUGGGCCUGCGAUCCACCAAAGACAUCCAACCCACCCGGCAGGAGUCAUCGACAUCAGAUGUCCUCCAUGGAGUCUGCCUCGAAACACAGAUGAGCCACCUACAUCAGGAACCCGGCAGCCCCGCCCUGCUGAGCACGUCAGCCCUGGACCCCUCUGGCCUGGGGAGCUCACUGGGGGUUCUCCCUCCAACCAAGGAGGCGUUGAAGCCUCUGUCCUUGCAGCCCUUUCAGAAGGGCUUCAUAAUUCAGCCAGACAGCAGCACAGUUGUCAAGCCCAUCUCCAGCGAGUCGGCCAUCGAGCUGGCCGAUAUCCAGCAGAUCCUGAAGAUGGCCUGCUCCGUCCCCCCUCAGAUCAGUCUCCCUCCACUCUCCAAGGCCCCCUCAAUGCCCAUGCAGUCCAUCUUCAAACACAUGCCCCCACUGAAGCCAAAGCCCCUGGUGACUCCUCGAAUGGUCGUGGCGACCUCCACCCCGCCUCCUCUGAUUAGUGCCCAGCAGGCCUCCCUGGGCUGUAUUAACCCCAGCCUCCUGCCUCCCCCAGUGAGGCUGAUCAAGAACACAGUGGAGGCCGCCUCCACCUCCCUGCUGCAGUCCCAGGUGGGGGCCCAGCCCCAUGCGGCCGUGCAGGUCUUCUUCCAACGAAACACUGAGGCCCCCAGGCAGCCUGAGGUGAAGACGCAGCUGGAGCAGGACAGAAUCACUGAGGCCCUGUUGCCCUUGAAUAUGGAGGCCAAGAUCAAGCAGGAAGUGAUGGAAGGGGAUCUAAAAGCCAUCAUUGCUGGAGCAGCCAGCAAAAAGACCCAGGCCAUGCGCAAGGUUUUGUACCCCUGCCGUUUCUGUGACCAGGUGUUCACCUUCUCGGGAGUCCUCCGUGCCCAUGUCCGCUCCCACCUGGGCAUCUCCCCAUAUCAGUGCAACAUCUGCGACUACAUUGCCGCCGACAAGGCUGCCUUAAUUCGCCACCUGCGCACGCACAGUGGGGAACGGCCCUACAUCUGUAAGAUCUGCCACUAUCCUUUCACUGUCAAGGCCAACUGCGAGCGUCACCUGCGCAAGAAGCACCUCAAGGCCACUCGGAAGGACAUCGAGAAGAAUAUUGAAUAUGUCUCCAGCAAUGCUGCCGAGAUGGUUGACGCCUUCUGCUCCCCAGGUACCGUGUGCCAGGUCUGUGGGGAGGAUUUAAAACACUACCGAGCCUUGCGAAUCCACAUGAGGACCCAUAGUGGUGGCUCCCAGAAGGGCCACAAACCCUUCAAGUGCAAGGAGUGCAGCACAGCCUUCUCUGCCAAGCGCAGCUGUGUCCACCACAUCCUUAAGCAGCACUUGCAUGUACCAGAAUGCGAGAUUGAGAACUAUGUCUUGGCUGUGGACUACAGAGGGGGCAGAUACCAAAAAGGACCGCUUCCUGAGUCAUCAUCGUCCUUGUCCUCGUCAUCGACAUCAUCGUCCUCCUCCUCUUCUUCUUCCACUUCCUUCUUAUCGUUGCUAAACAAGGGAAGUGGCAAGGGUACUUGUGGGGUUCACAAACCUCUGGCUGCCAUCCUUGAGCCCCAGAAUGGCUUUUUGUGGGGGGGGGCACCAUCACCUCACAUCUCCAUAAAGCUAGAGCCAGCGAGCAACUCCCUAUCAGACUUCAGUGAACCACUAGACUUUUCUCAGAAGAGCAAGGACCCAAGUCUCGUGAAGGUGAAGCAGGAAAAUCCCUCCAUUCUCAGUCCCUCUUCCCUGGCUCCCUAUGACUGCUUGGUGGAGCCCAUUGACCUAUCCAUUCCCAAGGGCUUCCGGCGUGACAUUGAUGGUCCUCUGGCCCUUGGAAAGGCCUGGAAGCCAGACCUGGGUCCUGGAGGCAGUGACCCACCUUAUGGCUGUCAGCCACCAUGCCCAAACCCGUCUGUGAUCUUCGGAUCAAGGAGGAGCUUAGAAAAGCCUGCAGCAACAACCACCACAGUCCCUGUUCUUCAACACUUGCCCCAGCUCCUGAAAGGCCCUUUACACCUCACCAUGCCCAUUGUCUCCCCAUCGUUCCUGAGCAACGCAGCCCUGCUGCGCCCCCUGAGGCCUAAGCCACCUCCCCUUCUGCCAAAACCCUCUGUGGCUAAAGAGCUGCCCCCAUUGGCCUCCAUUGCCCAGAUUAUCUCUUCUGUGUCAUUGGCACCUGCCUUGCUGAAGGCAGAGGUGGUUGACACUGGUUUCAAUCUGGCCAGCUGCUCUUUGAGGCUGGAGAAACCUGGGGCCACCAAGCCCAAAGGGGAUUCUGCCACUGCAACCAUCCUGAAAGAGCCUGGAGACCCGCCUCUCCCAAGAGACAGCCCUGGGGCUGACUCCCCAGAGCUGGGGCUGGCUAGCUCUUUUAAGAAGUGGUGCCAUAAGAAAGUGACCAAGAAUCAGGCCAGAGUCAUUGGAAGCGGUGUCGACUUGGAGUCCAGUGGUGAGUUUGCCAGCAUUGAAAACAUGCUGGCCACCACCGACACCAAUAAGUUCAGCCCAUUCCUGCAGCCCGCUGAUGAGCAUGUCACGGAGGAGGGGGCCACUCUAGCUGCCGCUGACUGGAACAGGAUGAGCAGUGAUAACCAGGAUGGCCCUGUGGACAAACAGCAGCAGAGGGGCCAGCAGAACCCUUACACCAACUGCCUACAGAAGGUCAUAUGCCCUUUCUGCCCUCGGGUCUUUUCUUGGACCAGUUCCCUCCAGCGUCAUGUGCUCACUCACACUGAUAGUCAGUCUGAUAUAGAGAUGCCAGCCACGGGAAUUGAAAUAUUAGACCUGACCUCCAGAGAGAAACAGCCAGAGACAGUUGCUGUGCUCAGCCAUGAAGAAGAAGACUGCCCUGCUGAUGGACAAGAUAAGCAGCAAGCUGAUUCACCUGAUGAAGAAGGUAUGAGUAAUGAGGAGGAGGAGGAAGAAGAAGAUGAAGAAGAGGACGAAGAAGAAAAAAAAGGAGAAGGUGAGGAGGAAGAGGAGGCAGAGGAAGGUUUGGAAGAGAAGGAUGAGGAUGACUCCAUCAGCAGUAAAAGCCUUGACCUCAAUUUUGCCAGCAAGCUAAUGGACUUCAAGCUUACAGACAGUGAUCAGAGCCUGGGGGCCAAUGGUGUGUCUUCCCAAAAUGAAAAGAAAUAUGCGUGUGAUAUCUGUAGAAAGAGUGUCAAGUUCACUGCAUCCAUGAGCCGCCACAAGAAGUCUCAUACACGUGAACACAGGAGAAAUGAGAAGACCAGUGAGGAUGAGAGCAGGAGUGGACCAGAAGGGAACUCAGACACCCCUUUUGGCGAUAUAGAUCCUGAGCAGGAAGAGAGGCUGGUAAAUUUGAAAGUGGUGGAGUCCCCAGUGGUGGGCAAGGCCCCGACUGGAAAGGAGAAUGAGGAAAGCGAGAGUGGCUCUGAGGGAGAGAACAUGUUAGAGAGGAAGUCCUCUGGGAAGAGUGACAAUGACAAGAAACCAAAGACCAAUGGGGCGAAAAGUAUCAGCAAGGCAGACAAGAGGAAAAAGGUCUGCACUGUUUGUAACAAACGGUUCUGGUCUCUGCAAGACUUGACAAGACACAUGAGGUCCCACACAGGAGAAAGGCCUUACAAGUGUCAGACCUGUGAGCGGACCUUCACACUGAAACACAGCCUAGUCCGUCAUCAGCGCAUCCACCAGAAAGUUAAAAAUACCAAGCACCAAAGCAAAAGAAGGGCCAAGAAGGAAAGGAGUGAAUGUAACAGUGAGAAUGAGUCUGCACACAGCAGUGCAAAUCCCAUCUCAGAGAACGAGGGCGACUUGAAUCUGGCACUAAGCAGCCAUUUGGCCAUCACCCAGAGCCAGAGGGAGAGUUUGACCAGAGCGGUCAAGGAUCUGGCUCACAAGGAGGAGUCUGCUGGAGAGGGAUUGGCUGGGGUUGGUCUGCCUGAGCCAAGCAAGAAUGCACAGCAGUCAGCUCUUGGAGGGAGCAUUCAAGAGCAGGAGUCUCAGGGUAACACUGAUGGCAGGAGCCCAUCAGUUUUCAUUCAGGACCUGCUGGGUGGGCAUGGCAAAGUGAUGCCUGUGAAUCACAUUUUUGCCUCCACAGACAGUGCUUCUCAGCUGGUGGGGAUGGAAUGACUUUGUGAACUCAGCCUUGCCUGUCCCUCCAUCACCAUUGUACAAACUAAAGCCAGCAGAGCAAAGUAUUUAGAAUAUGUGGCAGGAGAGAUUUCCUCAAGUGACCUUUGAUGAGAAGUGACAGGAAGAAACCAAGCAUGGAAGUUUGGCAGACUGGAUCUAGUGCCAUAGCUUUUUCAGUGUGAUAAUGCAAAGAUACUGCAGUAUACUGAUGUAUACUGAUAUGAGUGCCUUACUACUUUGCUAGAUCUUUUAAUAUCAUAGUUUUUUUCCAAAACGAUUUAAAAAACAACAAGUAUUUUAAUGAAUUAGUUGGAGAGGACCUUUUUCAUUUAAGCAUUAAUGUUACUUUUUUUGUAAUGGUGGUGUGCAGCUCGUUCUAUCUCUGUGAUAGUCUUUGUUGUCUGUUCUCUGAGCUGGAACUGGGAAGAAGGCAAUGCAAUUGGAUACUCUUUGGCGAAUAACUGGAAGAAAACGUCAUAAAUUUCAUUUAAAAGUACCAGGGGAAAUGUGGAUGAGACACGCAUUUCUCAAAUUGACUUCUUUUUGCAUUUUACUUUGUGGUGGAAUUGUAAUCUGGCUCCAGGUAUUCAGAGUUGUGGGUAAGGAAGGUAUUCAGAAUUGGUACAAGCCAAAACUAGGAGAGAUACUAUCUUCAAUCGCAAACUAGUGCCCACUCUUUGGUGUUAGAAAUUUUGUUCUUGUUAAUGUUUUAAGACUUUCUUUCCUGGCUGAACAUACAGAGAAGAGUUUCUUUAGCAAGUUAGCCUAUGGCAAUUAUGCACAGCUGUUAUAAAUCUUUGAUUUUCUUUUUUGCUUCAACAGAUAUCAUUAUUAGUAGUAGUAGUAGUAGUAUUAAUGAGUCAGUUUGCUAGUCUGUACAGUUAGCAGAAACCAAUGGGCAAUAUUUGUCCUCAGAGAUCACCCACACAACUUAGAUAUCUAUGAAAUGAUUGAUUGAAGUUUUUACCAGCAUACAGCCACUGCAACUCACUUCUACUCUACUUUAAGGAACCUGUCAUCAGUGCCUGGAGGCUUGGGCAGAGGCCAGUCAAUAGGCAUCAUAAGUGGGCAGAGGAACAUCUGGGCAGAGCAAGGGGUCGGGAGAGGAUAAAAGUAUUCCCAUGAACUUGGGUGUGGGUGUUUGUGCCUGCACCUUUAAUGGAGGUGGGAGGCCUGGCAGGGGGAGAGAUCCAUCUGAAACACAAAGAAAGUGUUAAAGGUCGUGUGCAGAAAAGCAGGCAGGGAUGAAAUCUGUUUCAAGAGAAGUUUUCAGUCUUAUAGUUCAUAAGCAGGCCCGCCAGACACUUUUGCCAAGCAGUGGAGAUGGUACUGUUGCUGAUAAUCUUCAGAUUUCAGCUCUAUAAUAAAACUAACAUAUCUUCCUGCAGUUUUGAUUGGGUGCUUGAAGAUGAGCUUGGGCAUUUCCAGCAACUUCUCUUGACUGUCCGAACCUUUGGAUGCACAGAUGUAAGUUUUUCAACCAACAUCCUGUGGCCCACAGUGGAACCCACUGUAACCACUAGUGUCAAGGGGAAGAAAAAUAAAUCUACUGUAGCUAGGCUUGUGGCAGCUAAGCAUUUUCUUGUCCUUUAGUUUGAGUCUCUAGGACCUAAAAGCCGUAGUGUUGUCAGGAACUCCUUGCGCUUUUUCCUCCUCUUGAACUCCUUCUCCCUCGCUCCUAUUAGCCACUACCCGCAACCGUUCUUCUUUGUUUUCUGACUGAUGCCCCUUGUCUGAUUUUUCUCAAGAGGUUGGGAAGGAAGGAGACAUUUUUGUCCUUGAACCAUAGCUCUUGGUGCAGACAGACAUACAUUUCAUUUUUCCUUUUUGUUCUGAUUUCUCACAAAUUCCUGUUGGCUGAAAUUCAACUGCCCAAGAUUCUGAGGCAUAAAAACUGUCUAAGAUAGAAAGCAAAAUGAUACCCUUGCAUAUGGAAAGAAAAAAAGUUGAUAUAUGGUUUGUUUUUUUUUUUUUAUUUUUAAUCAAAAAGAAAAGUGUUGUGGACGGACCGACUAAAGACAAAAUGUUUUACUCCAGAUCUAAAAUAAAUUAGAACCAUUGAUUCCUUUUAUAACUUUACUAGGUAUGUUCUACUUAAUUAAAAACCAUCCUUUAAUUUUUAUUAUAAUUAUUAUUGGUUUCUUAUGUGUUUCUUUUCCUUUUUUUUUCAAUUCUCCACACUAAACCACAAUCUUGUGGGAGAGAAGCCAUUACUAAUCUCUGUGCUGCAGUAUAAUCUAGGGAGUAAUCAGUUUUCCAGCAGUGUAGCUGGAACAACAGGUGGCAAUAAUCACUUGUUUUAAAAAGUUUUAUUUAGACUUUAUCUGCAUCCUAAUCAUGAUAAGGUUUUGCCACAUUUUAUUAGCAUUUUAAUUAGUUGUUUGAGAAAUAUAUUGUUUGUUUAUGGAUUCCCCUCCUCCCCCUCAAUGUUAAGCUGUGAAGUUUAUAAUAUGUUUAAACUAUGGGUGACUCUUAGGCAUAGUUUGCAUGUUCAGCUAAUUUGUCUUUAUAUUUUGUUUGAUUCUUUUUUUUCUUUCUCAGGGCUUAUACAAAGAAAUGCAGCUUCUGAAAUUAUUGUGUGAUGUUCAGGUGUUUUGUUUUUUUCAAAGUAAUGAUUUUAAUGCUAAGAAUUCAGUCACUACGUUGAACACUUGUCUGUGAAAGCAAUUACAGCGAAGACCCUAUAACCUAUUUUGAAUAGCCUUCAGAGUGCUUUCAUGUCAGUGAACGCGUUUCAAAAAAUAUUUAAGUACUACAUGCUUUCCCUUUGUCUUUUAUUCUCUUUCUCCUUUCCUCUCUUUUUGUCUCUCAUUUUCUAAGAAGGAAGAUAAUCCUAGUAAUCUCAGCCCAUGCAUUAAAGAGGAAACAAUGGUAUAUAUGUAGAAUUCAUAUUUUUCCAAAGGGAACUUAAAUUGCUGCUACAGGUUGCGUACAUGACUGCUUUAAACCACGUGAAUAGAGAAUCACAAGUUUUAUUUUGGUACUUUUAUUCCUCUUUGUAUUCAGUUGUACAGUCAUUUCAAAUUCAGAGUGAAAGUAAAGCUGUGUUGUAUCAAACCAUCUAAACAAUAAAAUGCUGUUUUUAAAAACUA